CCCACCCCUGACUACGCGUUGUCCUUACGGAGACGACGACUCGGAAGUUAAAUUGGUCUGCCUAUUUAUCACUUCAAUUCUUUCAGAUCUACAUAACUUUUCUCAAAUUACGGUGACAUCGAUGGAAUAGCGUGUUUCCGAGGCUUCCGCUCAUCAUUUCGCCCGGCAUGGAUCCCGCCACAUACGUGGAUCCUGAGCUUACCAUCGCAGAUCAUCUGGUACUCGACACACUCGUUGAUAAACCAGGCUCAAAAGAGACAUCAUCUACACAACAAAAGCCCAGUGAUGAAGAUGUCAUCCAGAAGCUCCAGGAUAUGAACGAUGCAUCGCAUCCUGAUUUCGAUCCUACCAUCUUCCAGUUUUGGGAUACCCCUGUGCUCCGGGCUAAACUGCCUGCAGCUCUCCAGCGCCAUGUCCUGCAGCCCUACCAGAAAUGGGCCCAGGGAGUUGUGCGCUUUCCCACCGAUGUGGUCAUGUUGACACAUCUUUUACUGUAUUUCACUACCAUUGUACCCAGUGCCAUAUUCUUGUAUUAUCGCUUUUCCUGGAUGCAUGGUGUCAUACAUUGGGUCAUGCAAUUAUGGUACUGUGGAGCAUUCACCUUGAUGAAGCACCAACACAUUCACAUGAACGGUGUCCUAGCCCCUCAAUACUGGCUCUUUGACAACCUGUUCCCCUACGUGUUGGACCCGAUGCACGGACAUACGUGGAAUUCCUAUUACUACCACCACAUCAAGCACCAUCACGUCGAGGGCAAUGGCGAACAGGAUCUGAGUACGACCAUGUUCUACGACCGAGAUAGUGGAUUUGACUUUGCCUGCUACGUUGGGCGAUUCAUCUUCUUCGUCUGGAUGGAGCUUCCCCUCUACUUCUGGAGGAAAGGCCAGUUUAAAUAUGCUUUCAAGUGUGCAUUCUGGGAACUCGGCAACUAUGCGGCCAUCUACCUGCUCUACAACUACGUCAACGCCCGCGCGACCGUCUUCGUGCUCAUCCUCCCUCUCACGGUUAUGCGUUUUGGCCUGAUGGUAGGAAAUUGGGGCCAGCACGCUUUCGUGGACCCUAUCGAUCCAGACUCGGAUUACCGCUCGAGCAUUACGUUGAUUGAUGUUCCGAGCAAUCGAUACUCGUUCAACGAUGGGUACCACACUUCUCACCACUUGAACCCGCGUCGCCACUGGAGAGAUCACCCUCUGGCAUUCGUCAAAGGCAAAGAUCGCUACGCCGAGGAAAGGGCCUUGGUCUUCCGGAACGUGGAUUACAUCUUCAUUACUGUCUAUUUAUUGCGCAAAGACUAUACUCACCUUGCAAAGUGCCUGAUUCCGAUUGGUGAUCAGGUCAACAUGACUUUGGAGCAACGAGCAGAAAUGCUGCGCAGCAGGACUCGGCGGUUCCCGCAUCCCGAUACCAAGAAAAAUCUCUGAGAUUGUUGACCUUCAAAUUUCUCUUGGGUGGAGGUGCUGAAGCGGAUUUCGUUUUCGAUGAAAAUUAAUUGAUAGACUGUACCAAAUAGAUACCACAACUCCUACUAGGCUUUUACUUCUGUAAAAAGCACGCUACGCAUGCCAU